AUGACUGAUUUUAUUGUUGAUGUCCUCCCCACGGACAUUUCCAAAACUUACGUCUUGACUUCAAUCUCGAUCGUAUGUGGUUUGCUUUAUGUUAGCACCAAGUUAAGCAAAACCUUCCACUCAAUCCUUGUAUUUUGUUGGGCUUGCUUUGUUAAGCCUUUAAUUCAAAAGAAAACCGUCAAAAGCGGUAACAAGAAUCAACAACAUUCGCUUGAAUUGUUCUACAAAAACCAAGCUCACAUUUACGAUACCACCAGAGAAGUAUUGUUGAAGGGAAGAAAAGAAUGUCUUAGAUUGGCCAUUUCUCACUUGCAAAAGAAGAAAGAUCUCGUAUGGAUUGACAUUGGUGGUGGCACUGGUUCCAAUAUUGAGUUCAUGGACAAAAUCAGUAGUAUUUCCAAGAACUUCAAGGCUGUUUACUUGGUCGACCUUUCUCCUUCGUUAUGUGAAGUUGCCAGAAAUAGAUUUGCUGCCCAUCAAUGGAAAAAUGUUCAUGUUUUAGUUGCUGAUGCUUGUGAUUUCGAAAUUGACUACAAAACUGCUGAUUUGAUCACCUUUUCGUACUCCUUGUCUAUGAUACCAACUUUCAAUGCUGCUGUUGAUAACGCUGUUUCCAAGUUAGACAAGGAAGGUAUUAUUGCUACUGUCGAUUUUGGUAUUCAAAGUCACGAUACCUCCAUGGGUAGGAUCAACACAUUGGGUGGAUUAGUUAACAGAGAUAUCUCCUGGGUUUCAAGAAACUUUUGGAGAAUUUGGUUUGAAGCUGAUAAAGUGUUUUUGGAUUCUGCUAGAAGAAACUAUUUGGAAUACAAAUUCGGUACUGUCAAGUCUUUGAAUGCCAAGAACACAACUUUGGGCAGAAUUCCAUACUAUAUCUGGAUUGGGUGUGACAAAUCCAAGGCUCAUUCAAUUUUAAACCGAUUGAACUGCUUAGCUACUGAAUCUCCUUACUUGGCACCAUCUACUAGUCCAGUUGCUCAAUCUGAUAUUCCCGUUUCCAAAGGUCAUGAAGCUGCAUUAACUAAUUUACAAAAGAACUUGCCAUUCCCUUCAAUUUACUAUCAAAAGGAAGUUUGGAGAGUUUACUUUGACGAGUUACAUCACUUAUAUGAACAAUUCAAGAACCAAUAUAUCUAUGCAUUCACCUGGGAAGACCCAAGAGAAGAUAACAAUAUUUUGAAAUUCUCGCGUGAUGAUACUGUUUUGGCUAUCACUUCUGCUGGUGACAACAUUUUGAGUUAUGCCACUUUACCUGAUCCACCAAAGAGAAUCCAUGCUGUUGACUUGAACCCAUGUCAAAACCAUUUGUUAGAAUUGAAGUUGGCCUCACUUAGAUGUCUUGAACAAGAACAAGUUUGGCAAAUGUUUGGUGAAGGUAAGAUUGAAAACUUCCAAGAUAUUUUGAUUGAUCAAUUAUCCCCACACAUGUCGUCUCAAGCUUUCCAAUAUUGGAUGGACAAGGGUCCAAAGACUUUCUCUGGAAGAGGUCUUUAUGAUACUGGUUCUACCAGAUGGGCACUUAGAUUAUGUCGUUAUGUGUUUAAAGUUUGUCGUGUUUCCAAGUAUGUUACUGAACUUUGUCAUUGUAACACCAUGAAGGAACAAUUGGAAAUCUGGAAUGAUAAGCUUAAGCCAGCUUUAUUCAACCCUAUUGUUGCUUCUUUGAUGGUUGGUAACCCAUUAUUUUUGUGGAAGGCAUUGGGUGUUCCAGCUAAUCAGGCCAAGUUGAUGGGUCCUUCCGUUAUUAAAUAUGUUAUUGACACUUUGGAUCCACUUUUAAAGAGGAGUUUAAUCUCCAAGGAUAACUACUUUUACUACUUGUGUCUUAUGGGUAAGUACAUCAAGUCCAACUGUCCUGAUUAUCUUACUGUUAAGGGAUACAAGAAGUUAACUUCUCCAAAUGCUAUUACCAAGGAAAUUCCAAUUGAUAAUAUCAGAUUACAUACUGACACUCUUAACGAUGUUUUCUCUCGUUUGAGUCAAAAGUCCAUUUCAAUUGCUAUUAUCAUGGACCACAUGGAUUGGUUUGAUCCUGAAGGUCAAGAUGCCAUUAACGAAAUUACCGCUGUCAAGAAUUGUCUUGUCAAUGGUGGUAGAGUGAUGUUGAGAUCUGCUGCUACUCAUCCGUGGUAUAUCAAGACAUUUGAAUCCAUGGGUUUCAAAUGUGAAGCUGCUGCCAUUAGACUUAGUGGUGAGAGUAUUGAUAGAAUCAACAUGUAUGCGUCUACUUGGGUGUGUACCAAGCAAGUUGCUGAAGAGGAAACGCCUGUUAAUACCCGCAGAAUCAGUACCUUGAGAAUCUAG